AAGGAAAAAAAAAAAAACCAAUCACACUAAUUUGGGUGUAAGCGAGAGGGAGAAGAGAAUUAUGGGUUGGGCUAUAGCGUUGCACGGUGGAGCUGGUGACAUACCCAAGGAUCUGCCGCCGGAGCUUCGUGAGCCCAGAGAAGCCUCUCUUCGCUAUUGCUUACAGAUUGGUGUCGAUGCUAUCAAGGCCCAAAAAUCCCCUUUGGACGUUGUUGAACUCGUGGUGCGGGAACUAGAAAAUAACCCAUACUUCAAUGCUGGUAGAGGGUCUGUCUUAACCAGCAAUGGCACAGUAGAAAUGGAAGCAUGUAUCAUGGAUGGGAAUACGAAAAACUGUGGAGCUGUUUCUGGCCUAACCGCUGUUGUCAAUGCUAUAUCUCUGGCUAAGCUGGUCAUGGAAAAAACUCCACAUAUAUAUCUUGCAUUUGAGGGAGCGGAAGCAUUUGCGAGGGAGCAGGGGGUUGAAACCACGGACUCAAGCCAUUUUAUCACGCCAAGAAAUAUCGAGAGACUAAAACAAGCAAAAGAAGCAAACAAAGUCCAGGUUGAUUAUAAUACACGGCCUAUACCAAAAGAUGACAAAACACCAGCUCCAAGUGGAGAUAGUCAGCUAGGAACAGUUGGAUGUGUAUCUGUUGACAGCUUUGGACAUUUAGCUGCUGCUACAUCUACUGGAGGACUAGUAAACAAGAUGGUUGGAAGGAUAGGAGAUACUCCCAUUAUUGGUGCAGGUACAUAUGCAAACAAACUAUGUGCAGUCUCUGCUACAGGCCAAGGUGAAGCGAUAAUCCGUGCAACUGUAGCAAGAGAUGUGGCUGCUCUAAUGGAGUAUAAAGGGCUUUCUCUCAAGGAGGCAGCAGACUACGUUAUAGAGGAAUCGGCGCCAAGAGGAACCACUGGCCUGAUUGCUGUAUCAGCCACUGGGGAAGUUACCAUGCCAUUUAAUACAACCGGAAUGUUCAGAGCUUGUGCAACUGAAGAUGGUCACACAGAAUUAGCAAUUUGGUAACUUUUCAUUAGAAUAGAUUAGUCUUUGUUGUAUAUUCAUGCUAUUGCAAAUCAUUUAGAAUUUGAGAUGGGGAUUGUGUUUC